UAUAUAGGGGAUCUCAAACUUGGGGUAGCUGGGAGGUCCUUAGAGGACCCUCAUGUAGUUUGGGGGGGGGGGCUGUAAAAGACCCUGCUAUGGCUUGGGGGAGGUCCAGAGGUAAUGUCAUGGGACCCUAGGGUUCUCUGGAUUUGGGGAUAAGAUAGGGUACUGGGAAGGGUAGACCUUGAUGUGGGGGGCCUUGGUGAUAGGGAAUGAGAUCCUGAUGUUCAGGAAGAUUGCAAGAGAUGGGAUCUUGGGUCCUGGGGAGGGAUUGAGUAGAAAUGGGAAGAGAAGAAUGAACCCCACUUCCCAUGCUGUCUUGGUUUCUAUCUUUUUCUUCUCUUUUCCUCCCCACAAUUAUUGGUGUCUUUCUGUCCUUUCCUGUGAUGGCCCAAACCCCUGCUCUUUCCUGACUCCUUCCUCAUCAUCCUCUUUCAUGUAUCUUUAUCUUUGUUCCGACUCAUUUAUUUAUUUGGUGAUUAUUUGUUGAGGGACUCUGUUUUGCUAUCCACCUGGCCAUUUUUCUCUUCCCUCUUUAUUGUCACUUGUUGCUCCCCUUUUCACCUCCUUCUGUGCCCCUGCCUUCUCUCUCAUACCCAUUUCUUAUCUGCCUGGCACUGCCCCACACAUCCCCUUGUUCCAUGCUGUUCCCCACCUCCCCACCUGCUCUCAGGUCUCAGCGGCGGUGGCAGCCGAGGUGCAGGAUGCGAGAAGGCGCCCCCCAGCCGGGCUCCCGCGCCAGGCCUCGCUCCCCUGCGGCCCUCUGAGCCCACCAUGGCCAUCCCACCGGGCCAUGGUCCCUUCUCUGGCUUCCCAGGACCCCAGGAGCACACGCAGGUAUUGCCUGAUGUGCGGCUACUGCCGCGGAGGCUGCCCCUGGCCUUCCGGGACGCGACCUCAGCCCCGCUGCGCAAGCUCUCUGUGGACCUCAUCAAGACCUACAAGCACAUCAAUGAGGUAUACUAUGCGAAGAAGAAGAGGCGGGCCCAGCAGGCGCCGCCCCAGGACUCGAGCACCAAGAAGGAGAAGAAGGUCCUAAAUCACGGUUAUGACGACGACAACCACGACUACAUCGUGCGCAGUGGUGAGCGCUGGCUGGAGCGCUACGAGAUUGACUCACUCAUUGGCAAGGGCUCUUUCGGCCAGGUGGUGAAAGCCUAUGACCAUCAGACCCAGGAGCUGGUGGCCAUCAAGAUCAUCAAGAAUAAAAAGGCCUUCCUGAACCAGGCCCAAAUUGAGCUGCGGCUGCUGGAGCUGAUGAACCAGCAUGACACGGAAAUGAAGUACUAUAUCGUGCACCUGAAGCGGCACUUCAUGUUCCGGAACCACCUGUGCCUGGUGUUCGAGCUGCUUUCCUACAACCUGUACGACCUCCUGCGCAACACGCAUUUCCGCGGUGUCUCGCUGAACCUGACCCGAAAGCUGGCGCAGCAGCUCUGCACGGCACUGCUCUUUCUGGCCACGCCCGAGCUCAGCAUCAUCCACUGCGACCUCAAGCCCGAGAACAUCCUGCUCUGCAACCCCAAGCGCAGCGCCAUCAAGAUCGUGGACUUCGGCAGCUCCUGCCAGCUUGGCCAGCGGAUCUAUCAGUACAUUCAAAGCCGCUUCUACCGAUCGCCCGAGGUACUCCUGGGCACACCUUAUGACCUGGCCAUCGACAUGUGGUCCCUGGGCUGCAUCCUUGUGGAGAUGCACACCGGAGAACCCCUCUUCAGCGGCUCCAACGAGGUGGACCAGAUGAACCGGAUCGUGGAGGUGCUGGGCAUCCCACCAGCCCCCAUGCUGGACCAGGCCCCCAAGGCUCGCAAGUACUUUGAGCGGCUGCCUGGGGGUGGCUGGACCCUACGAAGGACAAAGGAACUCAGGAAGGAUUACCAGGGCCCCGGGACACGGCGGCUGCAGGAGGUGCUGGGCGUGCAGACGGGCGGGCCCGGGGGCCGGCGGGCGGGGGAGCCGGGCCACAGCCCCGCCGACUACCUCCGCUUCCAGGACCUGGUGCUGCGCAUGCUGGAGUAUGAGCCGGCCGCCCGCAUCAGCCCACUGGGGGCCCUGCAGCACGGCUUCUUCCGCCGCACGGCCGACGAGGCCACCAACACGGGCCCGGCAGGCAGCAGUGCCUCCACCUCGCCCGCACCCCUCGACACCUGCCCCUCCUCCAGCACUGCCAGCUCCAUAUCCAGCUCUGGAGGCUCCAGUGGCUCCUCCAGCGAUAACCGGACCUACCGCUACAGCAACCGAUACUGUGGGGGCCCCGGGCCCCCCAUCACUGACUGUGAGAUGAACAGCCCCCAGGUCCUACCCUCCCAGCCGCUGCGCCCCUGGGCAGGGGGUGAUGUGCCCCACAAGACACACCAGGCCCCUGCCUCUGCCUCGUCACUGCCAGGAGCUGGAGCCCAGUUACCCCCCCAACCCCGAUGCCUUGGCCAUCCCCCAUCACCAACCUCACCACCACCCCCGGAGCUGAUGGAUGUGAGCCUGGUGGGCAGCCCUCCAGACUGCUCUCCACCUCACCCAGCGCCUGCUCCCCAGCACCUGGCUGCCUCAGCCCUCUGGACUCGGAUGACAGGAGGUCGUCCACCCCUCCCACCCCCCGAUGACCCUGCCACUCUGGGGCCUCGCCUGGGCCUCCGUGGUGUACCCCAGAGCACGGCAGCCAGCUCAUGACCCCGCCCCUUCCCUGGGGCCCCCCUUGAAGCCAUACCCCCCAUCUGGGGGCCCUGGGCUCCCAUCCUCAUCUCUCCCCUCGACUGGAAUUGCUGCUACCCAGCUGGGGUGGGUGAGGCCUGCACUGAUUGGGGCCUGGGGCAGGGGGUCGAAGAGAGGGGUUUGGCCGUACCCUCCCCACUAAAGACUGGACCCUUGGCCCUCUCCCCCCCUUGUUUUCUAUUUAUUGUACCAAAGACAGUGGUGGUCUGGUGGGGGCAGGGGAAGGAGACCCCCCUCACCUCAGGGCCCUAGGAGGGGGUGGGGGCAGGUAGGGGGAGAUGAUCUUGCUCCUCCUUGCUGUACCCCCCAGUAAAGAGCUUUCUCACAUGCCCGCCUGAGCGUUUGCAGGGCCUUGGGUUCCCUUACCCAGCCCUCAGAGGAGUGGUGGGGAAAGGUGUUUGGGGAGGGGGUAUCAGAGGAGCUUUGUGGUGCUGGAUGUAUCACUUCUGCAGAAGUUAGGACUGUUGGCACAGACGUGGGGCUGCAGGAGAUGUGGAGCUACAGAAUCCUGGAUGGGGAUCCUGGAAACUGGCCCACGUUUGUCUUUUCCAUCUGCGUAAACAGAGCCUGAAAGGGGCUCAGCUCUGACUUCUCUCGGAAACACCAGGUCUGACCUGAUAAGUUGGGGCUUCCAGAGUCUGCACAGAAGUGGUGCCUUAUGCCAGGAAGGUAUUCAGUAGGUGCUCAGUACAUGCGGUGGACCUUAUUGAUGCCACCUGGGGAAAAGGUACGCUGCGGGUACAGGCUUGACUCCAAGACAGGCCCUGCUAGGAGCCAGUGGGAGCAAAGGUUUUUGAGAUUCCUGUGCAAAAAGAUGUUCUUGGGGUUCCAGGUAAGUGGGCCUGUUUCCAUGACAACUGGGAAACCAGUCUCUGGGCUCAAAGGGUACCCACAAUCUUCCACCCUUGGGGCGCGGGCCUUCCUGGGAAAUGGAAUUUACUUAGCAAUCUGUUUUCAGUCUUUUUUCGUUGAUGAACUACAAAGACCAGAGUUCUUUUCGCUAACAUGUUUGGGGUGGCGGGCUCUUAGGCAACCAAUCGGCAGUCGGAGGGCGCCGGGACCCGGAUGUUUAAGGUGGCCAGGCGAGGGGGAGAAGGCUGGGAUUGGGUGGCUUUAUCCACGUUGGGUUCAGGGGUUGCGUGCUCCGGGGCAUGCGGAAGAUGGGGCACGGCGCGGGACCGGGGAAAGAUGCAGGUUAAGCGUUCGCGGUGUCGCAGCAGGCGGUGGGCUCUGCGGCCUGAGCGGAACUGUCACGCGGGAUGUCACAAGUCGCUGUUCUGGCGCAUCUCGCGGGAAGCCCCUGUCGGAAAUUGAGACAGGCCAGGACCCCGGUACCGACGUGUGUAUGUUUGCUAGUGGAGCAGCGCGGAUUGCGGUGGGAACCUGAGGAGGCACGGGCAGCUGGGCUUUCUCUGGCUGGACUCCUGCCCCGACUCUGUGUGAUCUUCCAGCUCAGUUCCCCACAGCCGCUUUCUGUCCCCAUUUCAAAUCCCCAUAAUGGAAUUGGACUCCCGAGGAUCUAAUCCAGGAUACCAUGUUGCAUUUAUUCAUCACGUCUCCUUGAUCUCCUCUAAUCUGUGACAGUUUUUCAGUCUUUCCCUAUUUUUCCUGAUCUUGGCAGUUUUGAGAGUGCCAGCCUGGGUGGCUGCUAUUUUCCUUAUUUAUCCUGGGAUUGUGGGUUUGGGGACAAAGACCCCUGAGGGGAUGGCGCCCGGGUCACUGGGGUGAGGUGGGGCCUGCCAGGUUUCUCACCUGCAGUGGGAGGGUUUUCCCCUUUCCGUGCUCUGUUUGUCAGGAGCAAGUCACUCAGGGCAGCCCACAGGCUCGGAGAAUCAACCUCCACCUCCUAGAGGGAAAAAGAUCAAAGAAUUUGUCUUCAUAUGUUAAAACCGUCACAGUAAUUAAUAAAUAUUACAGGGAAGAGCCUUUGAUGCUAUGCAUUUCCAUUUCUCCUUAAAGUUUUUCACUCACUAUUUUUAGCAUUUGUCUGUGGAUCUUGUUCAGCAGCAAUUAUUUCUAUGAUGUUAUAAUCAUGAUCUAUUUCCCUCAUUUCUUCUACAAUUAUUAUUUGGAGUUUUUCUAUAUGGAAGAUUUAUCCCUCCUACCCCAUUUAUUUUGUUUACUCAAUCAUUUGUUUAUAUUAGUAUGGACUCGUGGAUAUUUACCUUAUUCUUUGGGUAUAAAUCAAUACCAUCGCAGUUAAUUUGCUGUUCAAAUUGUUCCAGCUUUGGCAGUCAGGGCUCCUUGAGGCUGGCUCCUGUGGUCUCUCUCUCUCUCUCUCUUUUUCUCAAGCACUUCCUUACUUUCUGGCACUGCAGGAUGCUCCAGGCUCAUCCUGUAUCUUCCUUGCCAUGUAUCUAGGGAACCCAGGGUCCUCUUGGUGGACAGUGGUGAUCUGGGCACUGGGUGUGCUCAGUGCUGUGGGGUGUCACUGCUUCUGGCCCCUCUCAGGUGACAGAUCUAGAUAUACUAACCCACGAACACACAUCUGCAUCUCUGGAUCUAUAUAUCUGUGUGUAAAAAUAAGCAUGAGCUCAAACUGAUAUCUCUGACUAGUCCUGCACCACAGGGUUCAUUUCUGCCCCCGCCCUGCCCUUGCUUGCUUUGUCACUUCUCUGACACUGAGAAACCUUGCUCAGUGGGUGCUUUUUAGUACUCAUCUUAUUGCCAUCUUGGAAGGAACUGGCAGGGUUGCCCCUUCCCUCCUCUGGCACACUCUCCCCUUUCUGUGAUGCUCCUCUCUCCCGAUUGUUCUCCUACAGCCUACUUCCUUGCAAGAAGUUCCUCUGUUUUCACCUUUCCUUUAAAUGUUUUGUCCUCAGGGCUUUGUUUCCUUCUCAUGCUCUCUCUGGGCCAUCUUACCGUCAUCUGUGGUGUUUCCUGUUUCUGCUGAGGAUGUCCACUCUCUGUCCCUAGCCCUCCCCUCUUCCCUGAGCCCCAGACCUGGGGAUCCUGUGACUUCAUGGUCACCUCCCCAUGGGUGGUCCCCAGGCCCCUAAAACCCACUGUGUCCCAAACCCUAAUGCUGCUGUUCCUCAGGCCCCCAGACACAGCUCUGGGCCUCGUCCUGGAUGCCCCCCAGCCCAGCCUGUCAGCCUCCAUGGCUUGUCCACUGGGACUCCAGCACAUCUCUCACACUGGCCCCCUUCACACACCCCCACCCGACCCCAGCUCUGCCCUGUCUCUGCCCUGGCCUUUUCCCUCAGCGCCAGGCCUCCUAUCCCACCCUUUAACCCACCUCCACUUGGCAGUUAAGAGGGGUCUUUUUGAAGCACAAAUCUGACCAUGACCUUCUCCUGCUUGAAGCCCUGCCAGGCUUCCCCAGUGUCCUUAGGACAAGGUGCAGACUCCUGAGCUUGAUCCCGAAGGCUCGCUGUCCCCUGGCCUCUGACCUUCCCCAGUCUCUCCCCACUGGCUGCCUAGCUUCUCAUUGCCUUGCACAUGAGCCGUGCUCUCACUGGGCCUCUGUGCGGCCCCUCACCCAGCCCCCACAGCCCCCAACCCAGCCCGUCCUGCCCCAUCCACACCCCCAGCCACUUCCUCUCCACUCAGAGUAUUUUGAAGCCAAUCCCACCUAUCAUCAUCUAUAAGGAUAGUGACUAAAAUGGAAAGGUAGGGGUGAGCUUUACUUUUCUUUCCAUUUUUUUUUCUUCCAGUGAGUAUGUUUUAACUAAAUACUAACAUAAAGCCAGUAGUUGUUGUGGGGGGGAAAUGAAACAAAAAAAUUUGCAUCGUGUUUGAGCUUAAGGGGAAAAAAGCUUUCCAGAAUCACCUUAUUAAUUUAAAAAUUCUAUAGUGGUGGGGAGAGAAAAGAGAUAUUUCUCCUUACACUAGAACAGCUUGGCCAGAAUGAACAUUUAAGGGAAGGUUGUAAGCUUCCCCUUGAAUCACAUCAACUGAGAGAAUUUUCAAACUGUCAUGAAUUGUCACAAUUAUCAUUAUAAACAUGACUUAUCUCAACAGUGUUUCCCCAGGCAUUUGGGGAAAUCUUUGGAUUUUGUGCACGUAAAAGGAAGGUUACUAAGUAUAUUGGCAUUGGGAGAAGUCUUAUCUUCUACUCUGAUGUCAGUGACUGUUGGGACAAUGAAUUCAGCAUAAAGGAACCACAAGUGCAUCUGCUCUGAGCCAUUUUCCAUUUUUAAAUCUAGCAAGUGCUUUACUAAUAAGCACCAGCAUUUAUAUGGUGCCUUCAGGCCAGGCACUGUUCUAACCCUUUCCAUGCAUUAACUCAGCAGCCCUCACACAGCCCAUAGGACCUAACUCCUGUUUUUGUCCCGUUUCUUCAGUGAGGAAAUGGAAUCAUCUACAGUUUAAAAUACAUUGCUUCACUUUCCACAGCGAGUAAGUGGCAGCACCAGGAUUUGAACCCAGGCGUCCUGGUCCCAGGCUCCCUGCCUUUAACCCCACCCUGCUCUCUACCUUUCUCCUUGAUUCCAUUUUGCAGAGAAGGGCACACAUAUUUCUGAUCUUGCAGUUUCUUCCUUUUGGAAGAGGAGCUUCAAUCACUUUAUUUUCCAGUAUCAAAAAUCCUUUUCAACAUCCCCAGUUAUCUAUAAAGAAACAUUUUAAUCUGUUUGUUUGGGGGAAAUUUCAAACAUCUACAAUUGCAGAGAGAAAAGCCUAAAGAACACCUUUAGUCCCCACAACCCAGCCUCAACAGAUACCAGCAUACGGCCAUUCCUGUUCCUUCUAUAUCCUGCAGUUUUCUACCCUGCUCCGUUAUUUAAAGCAAAUCCCGAUGUUUAUUGAAGGAAAUUUUAAAAUAAAAAGAGGACUUCCCCUGUCUGCAAAUUGGCUUCCCUCCUAAUUCUCCGUUCCCUUUCUCCUUGUUUUCCAAAUGCAGACAGGUCCAUGCAUGGAGUGAUGUUAUCACCCGGCUCGUCCCUGGCUCCUUUCCUGUAACCCUAUACACGUGGCCUUUCUCCACAUAGCUCUGAAGCCUGAAAACGAUCCCUCGUAACUACCGUGGCAGGCUGGGGUUGCCUUGGCAAGCCUGUCCCCUCAGGAGGACAUUUAAUCUGCUGGUGGCUUUUUGCCAUGAUCGUGGCCUCUUCCCUUAUUUGGGUUAUUUUCUGGAUCCUACCUCCCCUCCAAGCCAGGUCAGCCCUCCCGUGUAUACACUCCUUGUCCACCGUAACUUCACUCCAAGCACAAUUAGCUUUAUCCUAGUUGAAACAGAACAACAAUUUGGGUACUUAAUUGCCUGGGAGCUCUGUGAGGGCAGGAAUUGGGUCUGUCUUUCUCCCUGCCAUGUCCCCAGCAUCACCAGCACAGGGCCUGGCACUCAGUGAUGCUGUGCUGAACGAACGAAUGAAUGCACGCCGAACUCAACAGCUGGGCUUUGAUCUGAGGGCAAUAGGAAGCCACGGAAGUGUCCUGGGCAGAACUGCGACGUGGUGGGCAAAAGAAUCCCCUGCCAUCUUGUGAAAAUGCAGAUUCUGAUUCAAUAGGUCUGGAGAGGGGCCUGAGAUUCUGCAUUUCUAACAUGCUCCCAGGUGAUGCCAAUGCUUUGUCUUUCUGUGCUGCCCAGCUGUAGCCACUAGCCACAUGGUGACAGAGCACUUAAAAUGUGGCUAGUGUGAACUAAUAUGUGCUAUGAGUAUAAAAUAUCCACCAGACUUCCAAGACUUGGUAUUAAAAGAAUGUAAAAUAUCUCAUUAAUAACUUUAUAUUCAUUAUAUGUUGAUAUGGUAAUAUUUUGGAUAUACUGGGUUAAAUAAAAUAUAUUAUUAAUUUCA